CUUGCUCAGAGGACCUAACAAACCCAUGGGAAAGCAUUCUGUUCCAGAGGCCUGAGAGAAACCAAGACAGAAGGAUGGUCCGUAAGUCCAUAGUGGUGGGCCUGCUGGUGCUGCUGGUGGCAGCCGUGGGCACUUUUGUGGGUGUGUUCUUCGGUGUGGGGAACAGAUCACCCUCAAAUUCCUACUACAGCGCCGCGGUGGCAGCUGAUGCCGGCCCAUGCUCAGAAAUCGGCAGAGACAUGUUGCGGAAUGGGGGCUCUGCUGUGGAUGCGUCCAUCGCUGCCUUGCUGUGUGUUGGGCUGAUGAAUGCUCACAGCAUGGGCAUAGGAGGAGGCCUGUUCUUCACCAUCUAUAAUGCCACAACUGGACUGGUAGAGACCAUUGAUUCCAGGGAAACAGCUCCUGCCAAUGCCACAGAAGACAUGUUUGGAAAUAGCACUGAUUUAGCCACGAAAGGUGGUUUAUCCAUUGCUGUACCAGGAGAGAUCCGUGGGUACGAGCUGGCAUACAAACGCCAUGGAAAGUUGCCAUGGAAAAACCUGUUCCAGCCUGCAAUCCAGUUGGCAAGGAAGGGCUUUCCUGUAGGCAGGGCCUUGGCCUCUGCUAUCUCUAAGAACCAGAAAACCAUCACUGAUGACGCAGCUUUAUGUGAAGUUUUCUGUAAUAAAGUCGGGGCCAUCUUGCGGGAAAAUGACACCAUCACCUUCACUAAACUAGCUGACACCUAUGAAACAAUUGCAAAUGAGGGAGCUGAUGCUUUUUAUGAAGGCACGCUGACAGAGAAUAUUGUGAGGGACAUUCAGACAGCAGGUGGUGUGAUCACACUGGAUGACCUAAAGAACUACAAGCCUUUACUGGAUGAGAGUCCUCUCAGGGUUAAUGUUGGGGAGUAUACCAUGUUCGUGCCCAACGCUCCGGCGGGUGGCCCUGUCCUGACCCUCAUACUCAACAUCCUGGCUGGAUACAACCUCACCUCAGACAGUGUCUCCAGCACUGAGAAGAAGGUCCUCACAUACCACCGUAUAGUCGAGGCCUUCAGAUUCGCUUAUGCCAAAAGAAGCAUGCUGGGAGAUCCACAGUUCCUCAACAUUUCUGAUUUCAUUGGUAAGAUGACGUCAACCUACUUUGCUGAGUCCCUCCGUCAUAAGAUCACAGACGACACCACCCAUCACAUGAACUACUAUGAGCCAGAGUACUUUGUACCUGAGAACCAUGGGACAGCACACCUGUCUGUGGUGGCGGAGGACGGGAGUGCAGUGGCAGUCACCAGCACCAUCAACCAUUUUUUCGGCUCCAAAGUCAUGUCUCGCUCUACAGGCAUCCUUCUCAACAACGAGAUGGAUGACUUCAGCUCCCCCUUCAUCACCAAUGGCUUUGGAGUACCUCCUUCACCAAACAACUUCAUCAGACCAGGUAAGAGGCCAUUGUCCUCAAUGUGCCCAGCCAUUUUAUUGAAGAAGGGAAGUGAAGUCAAGAUGGUGGUGGGUGGCUCAGGAGGAACGAAGAUCACCACAGCAACUGCCAUGGUGAUUCUCAACGCGCUGUUCUUUAACUAUGACCUGAAGAAAGCUGUGGCAGAUCCUAGAAUCCACAACCAGCUGAGUCCCAACGCCACCAUGGGAGAGCCGGGGUUUGACGAGAGGGUGAUGGCAGGUCUGGCUUUGAAGAACCAUGAGACAGAGUUUCUGAAGGCCACAGGGGCAGUUGUUCAGGCUGUGAUGCGCAAGGGGGGCAGGCUUUAUGCUGAAUCUGACCCCAGGAAAUGGGGCUAUGCUGCUGGGUACUGAGACCAACCGACCUACUGUGCA